GGCUGGAGUGCAGGACAGCGAAGCGCAGUCAGUGUGUGAACACGGAACGGCGCUGGUGUGGGUAUAAAGACGGAAACACAGCCCUUACUCUUGGGCUUUAACCGCGUCCCUAACCCCCGGGCGACUAUUUCUCCAGAUAAACGUCUCCUGGAACGAAAAUGUGAACCUCAGAACUUUUAGUCACUGAAAACCGGCGAUGGAGGCUUUAAACAAUUCAAAAACCUAUCUGCGUGAUGACGAAUCAAUGUAUUCUUUUUUUUUUUUUUUUUUCGAAAGCUCGGGCAGCACAGAGUGUAAUUAUUCUAAACUAAAUCCUGACAGUAAAGUCGUGUAAUGAAAACUUUUACAUGUGAGAUAGGUAAAAGAGGUACAGGCUCUCUUCCUUGGAAGAGAGGGACUCAGAGCAACAGAAUGGCAGACAGUGAUGGCAAACCCACUCUCCUAAAUGGUGGCUCAGAGGACCCAGAGGAGGGGAAAAAGUCUGAGGGUAAUACUUCUGAAUCUGCAGAUGGGCAGGAACACCCCAACACAGCUACAAAGGAAACGGCGCCCUCUUCUGAGGCAGUGCAGGAAGGCCAAAAUGACUCUGUCCCAGAGCCGGAACGAGAGAGGCACCAGGAGCAAGAUAACGAUGAGGAGGGCGAGGACACAGACAGCAUGGAUGGUAGUGGGUUAUACUCCCUGACGGAGGAGCCUGAGAGAGAGAGUGACGGAGGAAGGGCUGUGGGGAACAGGAAGAAGCAGGAGAAAGAGAGACAAGGAAGCGAGGCUCGGGAGGCGCGGAAAAGGCAAAGGGAACGAGAGCGACCAGCAGGUGGAGCCUCGCACCACUCCUCCAGCUCGGAUGACGAUGAUGAUGAUGAUGACAACGAUGAGGAGGAGGAUGAGGAGGAGGAGGAGGAAGAAGAGGAUGAGGAAGCAAUGGAGGCCUGGCUGGGGGCAGAUGUGCAGGAGCUGUCGUUUCCCAAGUGGAGGGCGGUGCCCUCCCUUCGAGCGAGGGAGAUCGGGCAGGGGGCACAGUUUGUGCGGCGGGUGUGUGGGGCACGGGGUCUAGUGCAGCGGUUAGAGCUGCAGUUCCGCCUGGAGAGACAUGCGGGAUGCGUCAACACCCUGCACUUCAACCCUUCCGGCACACGGCUGGCAUCUGGCAGCGACGAUCUCCGUGUGGUGGUGUGGGACUGGGCCAGACGCAGGGCUGAGCUGGAGUUUGACAGCGGACACAAGAGUAAUGUCUUUCAGGCAAAGUUCCUACCCCAUAGUGGGGACUCUACACUGGCCAUGUGUGCCAGAGAUGGUCAGAUCCGAGUGGCAGAGCUGUCUGCCACACAGCGCUGCAAGAACACCAAGAGAGUGGCACAGCACAAGGGAGCGGCACACAAGUUGGCCUUGGAGCCAGAUUCCCCUUGCUCCUUCCUGUCUGCGGGGGAGGAUGCUGUUGUCUUCGGUAUUGACCUUCGCCUUGACCGACCAGCCACUAAGCUGGUUGUUGUGAAGGAAGGGGAUAAGAAAGUUGGACUCUACACCAUCUUUGUGAAUCCAGCCAACACACACCACUUUGCUGUAGGUGGCAGAGACCAGUAUGUCAGGAUAUAUGACCAGAGAAAGAUCAAUGAAAAUGAAAAUAAUGGUGUGCUAAAGAAAUUCUGUCCCUCCCACCUUGUGUCCAGUGAGACCAAGACCAAUAUCACCUGUCUGGUCUACAGCCACGAUGGCACAGAGCUGUUAGCCAGCUACAAUGAUGAAGACAUCUACCUGUUUGACUCCAGCCAUAGCGAUGGCGCGGACUACCGCAGGCGAUACAAAGGCCACCGCAACAACGCUACAGUGAAGGGAGUGAAUUUCUAUGGCCCCAACAGCGAGUUUGUGGUGAGCGGCAGCGACUGCGGCCACAUCUACCUGUGGGACAAGAACUCAGCCCGAAUUGUCCAGUUCAUGGAGGGGGACAAAGGAGGAGUGGUGAACUGUCUGGAACCCCACCCUCACCUGCCUGUCUUGGCCACCAGUGGCCUGGAUCAUGAUGUGAAGCUCUGGGCCCCCACUGCAGAGGCCCCAACUGGACUUAAGGGCCUGAAAGAGUUGAUGAAGAAAAACAAACGUGAGCGUGACGAAGACAGCAUGCGGCAUGGCGAUCAGUACGACACACAACUGCUCUGGUUCCUCAUGAGACACAUGCGACACAGGAGGCCACAGAGGGCUCGCCGUGGGGAGGCCGGGGACGGGGACACAGACGAGUCAUGGAGUUCAGCGGACUCCUCAGAAGAAGAGGACAUGGGCCCCGAUCACGUGCAGUGCAUGUCCUCCUGAACAGGGGGAGGUGAGACUGGCACAAGGAUGGACAGAUGGAUGGAUGGACAGACUGACUGACUGAGGUGGACAGACAAGCUGUCGUUCCACAGUGACCCCCACAGAAGUACAGACAAGCAUGGGAUUGAUGAGUGGACAGUGCACUCCUGACACUGAUGCAAUUCAAUUUAUGUUAUGGUGAAGUACUUUGUUCUUCCCCAAAUGACUGACAGACAGACGGACGGACGAAUUUGCGCGCUCACACACACUUUCAGUUGUACAUUGUCACACUCACAGACUGACCAUGCGACAGCUACCCUGAAAGGCCUCACCUAAACUUUGAUGUACAUGCUCAGUCUGUCCCUGCUGUUGUACUAAGGGAUGUGCAAACAGCAACUUGCUGGUCUCACCAGUCUUUACAUACAGCCAGGCAUGCAAACAAUGUGGCAGACACACAUUCUGGUACAGCACACAGUGGUGUCACUCGCCCACGCGCACAGCUGCACACUUCAGGGGAACGACUGUCCUGAGGCCGGGACGGGGAGAAGUUGAAUGCUGAAGAUUGUUCUGUCUGACUCUACCAGCACCUUCCUUGCUUGCCUCAGUGCGUGGAAUGGAUCUCCUGAGAACACUGUCUUCUCCCACUUUGGAGAAACGGUCGUGUUUUUGCCUAAUCGGCUUACAAGCUUUGUGUGAGACAGGCCCAAUGAGCUCUAGUCCUGUUGUGCCCCUUCUACAUUAAUUUUGGUGGGAAAGACCAGUAUUAAGCACUUUCACUCAGAAGGCAUAUCCUGCUUUUUUGUCAGUAUCUCUUUAGGUUGAUUCACAAAGGUCCAGUACCCUUCCCUGCCAUGCUGCCCCGUAUUUAAUAUUGUCUAAUGGUAACACCAGACUGAGUGAUGGCAGAACUGUGGUAUCCCUUCCUGCCUCGUCUGCUCUCUCUGUGCUGUGGAGCGCACCUUAACCACCAGGAUGGUGCGUAGUUCCAUAUAAUAGCCGGGGGGGUGGCACCCACAGUACUUUUAUUUUUAGCCCAUCUGCACACACCAACAUUUAAGGUAUACUUAAAAUGCUUUAAUAUUUGACUUGAGCUGUUUUGUUUUUCUGAAUUUGCACGUGACAGGAGUCUGGCUAUGGAACUCCUUGUAAAAGAGGAGCGAGAUGCCUUCCUCUUAACCCUCCACCCCAGGACUCGAAUUAGCCCUGGUGCAGUGUUGGCAAGCGCCUUUUAGUCUCGGAAGCCCCUUUUCAAACUGCUUUUUCCACCCAGAGGGACUGAGGACCUUCCUGGAAUAGAGCAGGGUGGGAAGGAGCUCUGGAGUUUGUGUGUUUUCUCCACUCUCGUCCACAGCCUGUCUGUACUGGAGGCUGUGCUUGUACCCUUGUACCAUUAGGCCUGCUCUCGUUCCUACAGCCACCCUUGACAGAUGUUUUCAGCCUUCUGUCAGCUGAGAAGACCCCAGCCACUACAUGUCUAAAUGUGCUUGAGUUAAGAUGCAUUCAGGUAUAUUUAGAUUUAUAUGUAGUAUUUGAGCUGUGGGCUGUUUUUUUUUUUUUUUUGUUAAAAGUAACAGGUGAAGAGGAACGCAUUAGUGUACUGGGGCAAGAGGGGUCAAGAAAUUGCUUAGCUGCUUUUUUGUGAGAGGAAAAUUGCUUUUCUCUUUUUGUAUGAGAAAUAAUGAAGUCAAAUAUGUGUAUAUAAACUGUAAAAACCAAACCACUUUAGCUAAUAUUUGACUUUAAAAAAAUCAAGAUAAAUGUUAUUUGAUUGAUAAUGAUGCAGAGGUUUAUAUUAUAUAUGAUGAAAUUUACUUUUGAAGUAGGAAUAAACAUAUUACAGAGACUGAAUUUUGUUAAUAUGAAAUCUCCAUUUCGUGUUCAUGUCAACGUCCUUAAUUUAGGACUCAAACUUCCCCCCCCCCCUCAGUCUUCUUUCCUUGAUCACCUACCUGUUUCCAAGAUAGUUCAAUCAGCUCUUUUCCUUUUUUAUUCUCUUGUACAGGUUUAGUUUUCCUUUUUUCCCCCCUGAUGACUGCCUAAACUGUUUGAACCAGUCUGGUUGGAAACAUGCAGUUUUCAUAGUAAAUGCGACA